CUUAAAAUUUGAGAUAUCUAUUAAAUAAUCAUAAAAAAACUAUGUCAAGUUUCGAAGUUUAGAAAAUACAUUAUUUUGAUUGGUUGAAUGAAAUAUUGUUGGGCGUGUUCUAUGAGUGUUCAUUUACAUCACUGUUGAGUUUUGUGCGGUUUUGCUUGUUCUGUUUGAUAAUUAAAAAUAUUAUUUCUACACAUAGAGUUAAUUUCGAAUAAGCCGAUUUUUGAAAGUGAGUCGGCAACUUUUUAGAUACGAAACGAAAGUGUAAUGGCAGACAAACUUCGGAGAUACGAGAAAAUAGACUUUUUGGGAGAAGGGCAGUUCGCUACUGUUUACAAAGCCAAAGAUUGUGAAACUGAUACCAUCGUCGCUGUUAAAAAGAUCAAAGUUGGAAGUCGUGCAGAAGCAAGGGAUGGAAUUAAUAGAACUGCCUUGAGAGAAAUAAAACUCUUACAAGAAUUAAAACACGAUAACAUUAUCGGCUUAUUAGAUGUUUUUGGUUACAAAUCGAACGUUUCACUGGUGUUUGACUUUAUGGACACUGAUUUGGAAGUGAUAAUCAAAGACAAUAAUAUAGUCUUAACAUCAGCGAAUACAAAGGCAUAUAUGAUUCAAACUCUUCAAGGUCUUAAUUACCUUCAUUACAAUUGGAUUCUGCACAGGGAUUUAAAACCUAACAAUCUUCUCGUGAAUAGUCAAGGGGUUCUCAAAAUUGGAGAUUUUGGUUUAGCCAAGUUUUUCGGUUCUCCAAACAGAAUAAACACUCAUCAAGUGGUAACAAGAUGGUACAGAUCACCAGAAUUAUUGUACGGUGCUAGGCUUUAUGGAACUGGAAUCGACAUGUGGGCCGUUGGCUGCAUAUUAGCAGAACUUUUGCUGCGUGUACCUUUUCUUCCUGGAGAAUCAGACCUGGAUCAAUUGACUAGAAUAUUUCAGACUCUAGGAACUCCAACGAAAGAAACGUGGGCUGGAAUGACUGAUUUGCCAGAUUUCAUUCAGUUCAAACCAUUUCCCGGCAUGCCUCUCAGAGACAUAUUUUCCGCAGCUGGGGACGAUCUUCUGGAUCUUUUAGCUAGUCUUUUGAAUGUGAAUCCCACGGAGCGUUGCACUUGCGAUCAGGCUCUACAGAUGGCAUACUUUAGUAACAAACCAGCCCCAACACCAGGACCUAAGUUACCACUGCCAACGUCUAUCAGACGCCAAGCGGAAGAAAAGCCUAGUCUCAAGAGAAAAUUAUUAGAAUCAAUGGAGGGAGGAGCGUCUCUCGCGAAAAGACUGCAAUUUUAGUUGAAAGUACUAGAUAGAUGUUGAAAAGUGAUUCGAAAGAUAUUUGUACAUAAGAAGUGAAUGUUAUGAUAAGCAAAUGUGAAUUAUUUAGACAAAUUUUCUGUUAAAAAGGAACUAUUAUUAGGAAUAAGAGAAUCUCUGCAAGUUUAUGUAUUAUCCUUUUAUUAUUCCGAUUGUUAUCUGUGUGAUGGACUUUUAUACUUUGUACCGAUAGAUAAUUUCAUUAAAAUAAUGCAUUUCAAA